AUGUUGGCGGCGCGCGGCGUUUCCCUCGGCCUCGGCAAGAUCAACCUCUCCGACCUCAACCAACUGCCUGCCGACAGGUCUGUUCACCUUGCCAACAUUCGCAUAGUUAAACUAUUUGGCAAUUAUUUUUCUUUCGAAAAACUUUCUCUAUUUGUCACACUUUUCGUAAAUUUUUCAAAAUCGUUUGAAUAAUCAAAACGCGGGACAGAAUUUUGAAAGCUUUCAUCGAUUUACGAAUUGAAAAUUGAUACAUUUUUCAACGACGAUCCUUCAACUAUUUCCAUAUCGCUAGCAAAUUUUUCAUCUCCUCUAUUUUUUUUACGUUUUUUUGAAAAAAAGGAUAAUCGCUUUUAGAAAAAAAUUUAAUAACCUUAAUUCGUGAAAUAUUAAUGAACCCUUUUUUAAAAAGUUUAAAUUAUAUCGAUAUAUUUUCUAAACAUAAUUUUCUAACAUUUUUUCUAAUUUCUAAAAAAUUUUUUUUUCAGGCCGAAAAAUUCCUUGAACAGUACCCUCCAAAAGAAAUCAACCCUUAGGUUUUUCUACCUGUAUGUUUGAUCGGCAACCACACAUAUUUGGCGAAAUUUUGCAAGCAAAUAACUGGAAAAAAAAAUUAUGGCAAAAACCCCAGGGUUGAUUUAUUUUUGGGCGGUACUGUAGUUUGAUAAAAAAAUAACUUAAAAAAAAGGAAAAAAAAUAAAUGUAAAAAAAUUUUUUUCAGGGUGCUUGCCGCGCAACUGAAGAAAGCGGAAAAUAAGAAGAAACCGAGAGUUCUCAUCAAGAAGAAAGCAGAUGCAAAGGUUUUUCCACAAUUUCUUCAAGAAAGACCUUCUUAAAAAAGCAAAAAAAGUAUAUAUUGGAGAAGGGAUAGAAUUCUAUUUGAAGAAAAUUGGAGGGAAAAUGACUUGGAGUGGGAACGUAUCUUAUUUUCUUCACGCCUUAUUUUCUCUUGGAAGUGCAAGAAUUCCAACCUUCACACGAUCUGGAAAGCCUUGCGACACCGCUUUUCUCAGAGUUUUUUUUUUCCUUUAUUUUUUAUUCUAUUUAUUCGUACUAUCUUUCUCUAUCUCUUUAUUCUGUUUUCAAGUGUAUUUGAAACAGAAAACAAUAUACUUUAUGACAUUAUCAACCAGAGAAAUAUGUAUUUUUCAUUGAUGUGUUAUCAGAAUAGAUAGACGAUUUUGACCUUACGACCUAUCCAGAGAAUUUUUAUAACUAUCUUUAUGAAAUACUGAAUUUUUUUUACUAUCUUUCUCUUAAAUCCCGGCUCAGUGAUUUCUACCUGCCUCGCGUUGAAUGAUAUUUAGAACCUUUGGGCUCUGCCUUUACGAAAAAUAAAGCUAAUUGUAGCGGAAAAUCGCUCAAAAUUUUCAUAUUUGGAUAUAUCUCACAAAUAAAAAACAAAAAUUUCUCAUUUCUUCAAACAUCUUUUGAAAUUCCAAUUUCCUUUUCUGAAUCGUACAAAUUAGUUGUUUUUCUACAGAAUUCAAGGAAAAUAUUUCCUAGGAAAAUCUUCUAUAUUUCGAAAAGCCGUUUUCUUUCAAGUUGCUUGACAAUUUUAAGACAAUCAUGUACUUGAAGGCAUAUAAGCAUAAAAAUUUCGCCUUGGACAUUUUAAAAUAAGAAUUGAUAUUAAAUAUAAAAUUUUUACGGUUUAGAAGCGCUACAAAUUAUUACAAAAUAGCGCUAUUAAAGCUUUCGAAGGGUCCUAACUCAAAAAGAGAAAAAUGUUUUUUUUUGUUCUGCAAUCAGUAGUACAUGUAGUACACUUGAGCGAAGUUUCAUCAAAAGUUCAAACGGGGAGUAAAAACGCCUCUAGUAAGAUAACAAAAUUGAAGUUUCGGACACUAAGACCUGCGCAUCUGAGCGGCUGCGGCAUAAAAAGCGAAGAAACCAUUUGCUGAAACGACUCAGACACUUUUACUCGUUUUUCCGCUCCAAGAGUUUUUGAACGGCAAACUUCGCCGAGCUUCAACCCACUAGUCGCUAUUUUUGAAUUUUCGAAUAUUCUCUUUCUUAAAUUUUCUUCGUCUUAGAAGAAGACCCUCUUUUUUUGAAAAAAAGAAGAAAUUUUUCUUUUUACUGAGUCUUCGAAAUAACUGUUGUUAACUUUUUUUUUCAUUUUUCAACAUUGAAAAAAAUAGCACUAUUUUUCGCAAGUCUAUUGAUUUUCCACAUUUUUCUGAAGUAUCCUGUUAGAACUGCGUCGUUCCGAAUGAUCACACGCCCUUCAAUAAUUGUGACUUCGUCUUCUGUCGACGACGUCCGUCUCUCCUUGGUACGCGUCGUGUCGGAUCACGCCCUUCUCUACACAAACUCCAAAAUCACUCAUGAGAAGGUUCAAAUCCACCUUUUUUGAACAAAAAACCUUAUUGUGGGCAGAAGACCAUUCUGAUGGGUGGACACAUAAAUGAACCGCUUUGGCGACCUCUUCUUCUUAAAAAAAUUUUUUUGAACUUUUUUCCUAAUGAGUUACUUACCUUUCUAGUGUACGGGUAUGACAAAUAAGUUUGCUUUGACAAUCUUCUGAUAAAAACCGGGGAAAAAAAUGAGCGAUUAACUAUAAUAACUCUAAAAAAAUUUUUGCAUUCGGCAAUCCUGCCCGGCUAAAAAUUAAGAAAAAAAGUUCAAAUCAAGUUUUUUUAAGUGAAAUGUUAGAGGGAUUUCAUAAGUAAACUUGCAAGUUUUCGAACAGUUCUGUUAAGAAAAAUGAGAAAAUAACUCCAAAAGUGAGAAUAACAUUCAAUUUCGUGCCUCAAAGCUUGAUUUAUUUAAAAAUAGUUUUUUUCUCUCUCGUUAAAUUUUCAUUUUUUUUUUUCAUUAAAAAUUAUAUAUUCCUAGACUUUCUGUACUCAAUAAGUUUGAAGAAAUUUUACUCCUAAAUUUAAUCAACCUGUAUAAACCAAAAUAACGAGAAAAAUUUAAUUAGCAAAACUUUUUUAAAAUUUAAAUUAUCUUAUCUUUUUCCGCGCUUUCAUAUACCCCUGUGGUAUGACGCUUCAAGGCUCACUGCGGCAUAGAUACCUGUGAAAAGGCACAAACUUCUUGCAAACACUUCAAAGCCUGGCUAUCCUCACUUCGUUUGGGAAACGGCGUCGAUAACUCAUCUCUCUGAUCCGCUCUUGCUUUCAUGACUUCGACGAGAAGAUCAUUGCGUUUCCAUUAAAAGUCGCCUUGCCGUGAAGUACUUCCGGAACGGAUAACUACCUCGAGAAUGUGUUUGUUUGCCUUCGGAUGUCUGCAAAUGGAGCUCGUCAAGGGCGGCGCGCAAUAAUUUGGGCGGUGCUUCAUCAGCCAGCCGCGAGAUUCGCCAAGACCUUAUGCUAUCAACGAGUCACCUGCAAAUUGAGCUGGACUGCAGAUGGGCCAGAAGCCCAACUUGUUGCGAGCCCGCGCUCUCUUCUUCGCUUCCUACUACGCCGCCAACAAGAGGGUUCGCAACAAUUUCCCACAAAGUUCAUGAAGUUGUCUAGAGAUAAUAGCAAUAUUUGCAAGGCUUUCUUGCGCUCUUUAGUCAUCCUUUUCCAAAGUAUGACUUCGAGCCUUUAGUUUGAGAUUUUUCAAUUCAAGGUCGUUAUUUAUUUGUUUCCUACUUCUCACUAAUCUUUACGCUGUUCGGAUUUUUUGCGUGAACGCUUUGAUGAGAGGUUCCCAUGACUACACAAAUAAGAGAAGCUUUUGGGACACCGAACAUCGAAAAAUCAUAGUUUUUGAGUCUUUUUUAAGAAACAGUUUUAAUGAGAAGUAAUGUUUUUAAAGGGAUGAAUGUUGAAAAUAAGAGGUAUUCAAUAUCAGUUUGAGUUGUUCACCUGAGCUCUCAUAAGUUUGAACCGGUAUUAAAUUAAAAAGGACAAAGAGCCUUGGACAACUUUAUUCCAUUUUUUUUAUUGAUCAGUGAUGAAUUUGUGAAAACUUAACGAGGUACUUGUAAAAUCUGAGAAUCAUCUUAAAUUAGAUAACUUGGAAAAAAAGGUUUCUUUCAGUUUAUGAAUGUGGUUUUUUUUUUUUGAAGAAUAGUUAUUUCAGCGGAAUUUUUAAGUGAAAAUUUGGUUUUUCGGAGUUUCUUUCAAGAACAUUUUGAGAAGGUUAUACAAUAAAUUUAACAGAAAACGAAUGAGAUCUUGAAAAACCCGAAUAGGAAACAUAUUGGAUUUUUCAUUUUCCUUUCAAGACGCUUUCAUCCUCUUUUGCAAGGCUUUUAUCGCCUCGGGCAUUCAAAUUCCUUUCUCCCUCCAAAGCAAAAGGAGUUACAUCUUUUUCGGAACGUUCUGAUCAUGGAUUCUCUUCGCUCUAACCAACAACCCGACUGUGUAUAUAUUUUCAUUUUAUUUCCCGCUAGGCUCAAUCAAAUAAAGCUCUAUGUUCAAAAACAUUCUCUCAAGUAAUAUCAUGCCGCAUGAUCCGAGAUUAGUUGACGGACAAGAACGCAGAAAAUAAGGGUCGCAAGCCUGGUAUCAUUUUUCAAGUCCAAACAAGCUUUCUCGUGAGAAAAGAACCCUUUUUUUUUUAGCAAAAUAGUCGCGGAAAGUUUCAAAAAAAAUUUUCUUAUCUUUUGGGCUUUGAAGUGAAAAGAUAUUAGGGGAAAUCCCACAAAUUAGCAUAGAAAUCAGGCUGAGAAAUUCUCAUCUGAUAAAAAUAAGCUCAUUUUAGACAGUAUGGGCUGCGUGUCGGGCGGUCAUUUUUGGAUGCAUCAUCAUCGCCGUCGGCCUGGCCAUGGCCGUUCUCGGCUACUUCGACAAACAUUUUGCCGAAGUCAGUUUUGUUGAGCUGAUCGUCUCUGGCUCAACUUCUGCUUUUCAAACUAAUUUUUCGAGUUGCAGCGUGUAGAGAUCGUCAAUGGAACAGAGAAAAUGUACCACGACAAGCUGAUACAGUAUCAAUUGAAAAGUAUGCAGGUCAGUGAGAAACAUCAAACUUUGUCGAGUUGUUCCAUAGACCAUGCCUUUUAACGUUAUUUUGUAGGAUUUUUUUCAAAUAUCACGUAUGUUUAAUUUUCUAAGCAGCUUUUUCACGGCCGUUAUGAGCUGAGCCCUUUUCUGUGCGAAUAUCUCACGUCUAGUCGGAUAAAAAUAACGGCGGUAUGAAAAAAAGACAGGCGAAAUUUCGAACGGCGACUUUUCCGAUUUUUUCAUAUCGCUAGGGAACUUUCCGACGGAAAUUUCCGACUAAUCCUUUACCGACUUUUUUUCUCGAUAAACUCUUAGUUUUGAAUCUCCCUAUAGAAAGUAGGUAGUUGAUUCAUGUUAAAACACAAAUUAACAGGAAAAAAAAAUAUUAAUAGAUGGUUUAUAAACCGAAAAAACAGAGAAAAAAAAAAUCGGAAAGGGAUUCGUCGGAAGGUUUCCUGGCAAUAUGAAAAAACCGGAAAAGUCGCCGUUCGGAAUCUUGAAGAUUCGGAUUUUUGCUGGCUUGUUUCAUACCAUCAAAAUAACUACCGAACUUUUUGUUUCAGUUAUUUUCAUUUCCAAAAUAAAAAACGUUGCACGUCCCCAAAAAUUGAAAAAUCCGACUUCUGUUCACACUUACGGCUCACAACUGUUGUCUUUUUUUCUCAUGGAAGUCCUAAAAGUCAUAAUCAAAAAAAUAUUUCAAAUUUUUUUCUGAAAAAAAGUUAUCCUGGCAGAACAAAAAAAUGAAGCUGGGGAUUUGAGAAUUGACGCCUGAUAUUUGUUUUUGACAUCUCUAGUUGCAGUACUUGGGACCGAUUUUGAUGGGGAUCGGCUGCUUCAUACUGAUCGUCGCUUGUGUGGUCACCCUCGAAAGCAGAGACAAACAUGCUCAAGUCAGACAAGCCCUUGUUGGUCAGUGAAGAGGCCUUCGGGUUUCAGAUCAUCACGGAAGAGUCGAUAAUGUCGAAGAAACGCAAAAGACUCCUCUCCACCGCUGAAAACAACGAACUUCUUCGGUUGCCUGACGACGACCCCGAGAGCUUUCUCUCUUCACCGCGCAGGUUCGAUACUUCUUGCUAAGCAUAACUAUGAAAAGGCAAAAAUUUGAACCUACAAUCAAGUAUAUUUACAACGGAUAGACAGAAAUGUUACCGGGAAAUUUUCUCAGCUCUAAUUGGAACUUCUGAAUAAUACUGGACUCACUAGAUGUAGUUUUUUGAGCUGAUGAGAAAAGGAGAAGAUGAAAAACUUUAAGAGAUAGAAGACUUAAAAGUGAAAAAAGUUUUUUUUUAAACGAUUCAUUAGUUUUCGUUUGUUCAGACUAGACGGCAGAUCGAACUUGGACGCUUUGGCGCCGUUGGCAGACGAAGACUCGAUCGACCUCUCAUCGACCAGCAGCCACCGUCCCGACGAUGAUUCACAUUCAAGUUCUUUAUUUUUCUCUCUCCGAUUUUUUCAUAUCAAAAUGUACGGCAUAGUCGAACUUUAUGCUUGCCUUUCGACUACUUUUGAGAUUCAAAGCUUUCUUUCAUUAUUUUGAUAACUUUACUUUUUUUUUCUCACUAGUCAGUACUAUAUGAUUGAAGGAAAACAUUUUUGUCAUAUUCUACGUAAGGUCAUCAGAUCAUCAUGGUAAGACAAGUUUUUCGAUACUUUCCGGUCAAAAAUCGGUAAGUUCGGUAUUUUUGGACUGAACUCUGAUUGAGACAGUUCAAUUAAAAAUUAGGAAAAUAGACAUACGCUUAUAAUGUUCCAAAAUAUAAGGGCGUUUUCCAAGAAAAAAAAACCUUUUUUUCGAUUGAAUUCGAAGUUAGUGUUCAAUCGAAAUUAAAUUUGCUAGUGAUGAAUCUGAAACUUCUUAUGAGGUCAUUUUUCUACCCAUUCAAAGAUUCCAUUUCGCUCGCCUUUUAUAGUCAAUGUUUCCCGACUUGAAAGGCGAGAGAGGCGGGGCUGGGGGCGGGACGCGUAGCGUGUGCGUACGCGGUUCUUGGCGCCAACUCAACUCAAUCGCCCCGACUAUUUAAAAAGCCCGUUCGCCGCCUUUUUCUAUCUUUUCUACUAUUUUCAAUGCUCACAUGAACAUAAUCAAUAAAUAAUUGAAAAGGAAUGAAAAAAGCGAAAAACGGGCUUUUCAAAGAGUAGAUGGCGGUUGAAUUGAACACGUGGCAAGAACCUCGAACGCACACGCUACGCGUCCCGCCCCUGCCCUGCCUCCCUCGCCUUUCAAAACGGGAAACAUUGACUAGCGGAAAAAUAGGUAAAGAAUGGGUGAAUGGGUAAAAAGACACGUAUUAAUUACCCUUAAUUCAAAUUAAAUACAAUGGGUUAUAAUCUAGAAACUCCCACUCACUUCUAAUUAAAAUGCAUGUCAAUUCAUUUCCUUCUCAACUCGGACCACCUCUUCAAUUUUCAGGGAGCGUGGCCGAGGAGAGAACGCCGGAGAUGCAGCCUUCGGAAGGCGGCCUCGACGUGUCUGGAAGGGCUUCUCCGCAGCUGCCUCCGACCACGACCGUCGAAGUUGUCGUCGAACGGCCGCCCCGAAACAGUGAAGCCAUAGAUUGA